UUUUUUGUUUCGUGUGAUGUUGUGUAACUUUGUGUGAACUCUCCUCAUCAGCUAUUUGUCUUUACUGACGGAGAGGUGGCGAACACAAAAGAAGUCAUAAAUCUGGUGAAGCAGAAUUCAGCCUCCCACAGGUGUUUCUCCUUUGGGAUCGGGGAAGGGGCCAGUUCUGCUCUCAUCAACGGGUUGGCCAAAGAAGGAGGAGGCCACGCUCAGUUCAUCACAGGGGCCGACAGGAUGCAGCCCAAAGUGAUGCAGUCGCUGCGGUUCGCUCUGCAACCGUCCGUGGUGGACGUCUCAGUCAAGUGGGAUCUGCCGAGCGGAGUCUCUGUCACCGCUCUCUCUCCACCGAUCGCGGCACUUUUCCAGGGUCAAAGGUCACUGGUUUACGCCCAGUUCACUGGACAGAGUUCGGAGGCGUCAGAGGGCUGUGUGACGGUGGCCUACAGCCUGGCAGGCCAUCCCUCUCAGACCCAGCUCCACUUCAGUCUCAAACCUGCAAAGGUGUAAAGCAGCACAAUUAUGCAUUGGGUCCUGUCAAGCUUAGGUUGU